AAAAAAAAAUGGAAGUUCCGAGAUUUUUUUUAAUUGUCCCGUGAGUAAGAAAACUUAACCGUUUUUGGAGGUGACUUGAUUCAGGCCGCGAUUCGUUGCAACUGCCGCAACUACUCAGGGGCGGAGAUUUCGAUGUUAUGCUAUGAAGUAAAACCCACGUGUGCUCAUAAACUAUGAAGAAGGGAGGACACGAAGCAUCGUUAAAGACAACACCGGGCAGCUCUCUCCUCAUUCCACUGUUGUGUUACCGAAGUGUCUCAUUGGAUCAAAUUCGGAGUAGUUGUAGCUUGCCUUCCUCUGUCUCAGAUUACAGGUGUUUUAUUAAGCAGAAAACUUUAUCUUCUGUGUAUCGUUUUUCUUUAAAUAGAAGAAAAUGGAGGAAUCCCUUCGCCAAGAUUCGGUGUUGUUCACUGCAUCGAGGGCUACAACCACGCCCUAAGCCGAAACCUUCAAAAUUUGACGCUGAUGUAGAAGAAGAAACUGAUUUGCGAGAUACCCCAAAAAAAAAGCCCAGUGCCAGAGUUUGUAGUCAGUUAGAGAAAUUAGUUCUUUAUGGAAGGUACAGAGAGGCACUUGAGUUGUUUGAGAUCUUUGAGCAGUAUGGUGGGUUUGAUAUGGGCAGUAGCACGUAUGAUGCAUUAGUCAGUGCGUGUAUAGGGUUAAGAUCUAUCCCUGGAGUGAAGAGAGUGUUUAAUUACAUGAUGAGUAAUGGAUUCGAACCUGAUCAGUACAUGAGAAACAGAAUAUUGCUUAUGCAUGUUAAAUGUGGGAUGAUGAUCCAUGCACGUAAAUGGUUUGACGAAAUGCACGAGAGGAAUCUGGUUUCUUGGAACACCAUCAUUGCUGGGCAUGUGGACACAGGGGACUAUGUAGAAGCUUUUAGGCUGUUUCUGAUUAUGUGGGAGGAGUUUUCUGAUGCUGGGUCUCGGACUUUUGCCACCAUGAUCCAGGCGUCAGCUGGGUUGGGAUUGAUUUCUGCAGGGAAACAGUUACAUUCGUGCACUUUGAAGAUGGGAGUUGGGGAUGAUAUAUUUGUUUCUUGUGCUCUGAUUGAUAUGUAUAGCAAGUGUGGGAGCAUUGAAGAUGCUCAUUAUGUCUUUGAUGAAAUGCCAGAGAAAACUACAGUGGGGUGGAAUACUAUCAUUGCAGGUUAUGCGCUUCAUGGCUACAGUGAAGAAGCUUUGGACAUGUACUAUGAUAUGCGUGAUUCCGGUGUUAGAAUGGACCAUUUCACAUUUUCUAUAAUAGUGAGAAUAUGUGCAAGAUUAGCUUCUUUGGAUUAUGCUAAGCAAGCCCAUGCUGCUCUUGUUCGUCAUGUUUUUGGAUCUGAUAUUGUAGCAAACACAGCUCUUGUUGACUUUUAUAGCAAAUGGGGAAGAAUAGAAGAUGCUCGGAAUGUUUUCAACAAGAUGCCUUGCAAGAAUGUCAUCUCCUGGAAUGCCUUGAUUGCUGGAUAUGGUAAUCAUGGUCGGGGAGAUGAUGCAAUUGAGUUGUUUGAGCUGAUGCUUCGACAAAGGAUGAGACCAAACCAUGUCACUUUUCUUGCUGUUUUAUCUGCUUGUAGCUAUUCUGGUUUAUCAGAGCAUGGGUGGGAAAUUUUUCAAGCUAUGGGUAGAGAUUACACGGUAAAGCCACGGGCAAUGCACUACGCAUGUAUGAUCGAAUUAUUAGGUAGAGAGGGGCUCUUAGAUGAAGCUUUUGCAUUGAUAAGAGGUGCUCCUUUCAAGCCUACAGCAAAUAUGUGGGCUGCACUAUUGACAGCUUGUCGUGUCCAUCAGAACUUAGAGCUUGGAAAAUUUGCAGCUGAGAAACUUUAUGGAAUGGAACCAGAGAAGCUUAAUAAUUACAUUGUGCUUUUGAAUAUAUACAACAGUUCUGGCAAGUUAAAGGAAGCUGCGGCUGUCAUCCAGACCUUGAGAAGAAAGGGUUUGAGAAUGCUUCCAGCAUGCAGUUGGAUUGAAGUUAACAAAGAGACGAAUGUUUUCCAUUCUGGAGAUAAAAGCCAUGCCCAGAGAAAGGAGAUCUAUCAAAAAGUGGAUUACUUGAUGAAAGAAAUUGCUAAGCAUGGUUAUGUUCCUGAGAAUAAAACUUUGCUUCCUGAUGUGGAUGAACAAGAACAGCGCAUAUUGUCAUACCAUAGCGAGAAAUUGGCAAUUGCUUUUGGACUGAUCAAUACCCCAUAUUGGGUGCCUUUGCAAAUUGUUCAGGGCCAUCGGCUAUGUAGCGACUGUCACAAAGCAAUUAAGUUGAUAGCUAUGGUUACCAGGAGGGAAAUUGUGGUGAAGGAUGCCAGCAGAUUCCACCAUUUUAAAGAUGGGAAUUGUUCUUGUGGAGACUAUUGGUGAUGUUAAAAUAAUUUGUGGCUGAAACUGUCAAAAAUUUUUGUCCAUUGUUCUAUAUUUUCCUCCUCUGGAGAUAGUAUAAGCAUUAGUUGUAAACUCUUUCUUUUCCUGGUAAAUAAAAGGAAAGUGGACCUCUUUCUUUAA